GAAAAACAUUUAUUGUUUUCAUAUAAUAGUGUGAAAGACACCGCAAUCUGUUAUUUAUAGCCAUAAUUGAGUCAAUUAUUGCCGCAAAUUAUGGCCGGAAUUAAAGGUUUGAAUGAAUUGUUUUUCGCAUUUGUUUGAUGACAACAACUGAUGCAAUGUUUGUCUCAUUUAUGUGCCAUUCCUGCCAUUCCUGCCAUUGUCUCCACAAAUGAACACCAAUUAUAGCGCUUGUUUUGUUGGCAUUUCUGGGUUCGGUUGUGACAUACCGGUGCCCAUGCACUCACUGUGUGUCUGUCCCCUAUGCAGCUCCUGGUGGCCAUUCUUUGUGGUGAUAUUCUAUGUGUUGGUGCCGUUGCCAUCGAUUAUUGCCCGCAGAUAUCAAGACGACGUCGGAUCCAGUAAUGCGUGCAAAGAGUUGGCGCUCUUCUUGACGGCCGGGAUUGUCAUCUCAGCGUAUGGUUUGCCCAUUAUAUUGGCUCGAUCUCCACUUGGCCCUGAUCAAAUUAUCCAGACGGGCGCGUGUGUGUUAGUACUACUGGGCAAUACAGUGGUAUUUUUGACAAUUUUAGGCUUUUUUAUAGCUUUUGAUAACGACGACGACGGCUAUAACAUGUGGUAA